AUGGCGCUCAGUUCCACAAAGUUGAAAGUAUAUAAUUUAUUUUAUAUAACGGUUGUGUCUAAACCACCUGAAGAUGGCAAGUACACACAAGCCACUUAUUUAAAUAAACAUCCGGCGGUGUAUGCAGAUAUAACUAGAAAACCAGGACAGAGUAUUCGGACACAAACACUUCUGCCCCUUGGCCAAAUGGCAGGGCAGUGGAUGCUGGUGAUUCUAGGAUGCUUGCUUAACUCUGGCCAUGGAGCGAAUCCACCAUGGUUCCAAAACAUCACCACAGAUCUUUUUAAGUCGACUGGAGAUAUUUUACUGGGAGGACUUUUUCCCAUCAACCAGCUGACCAGCAACCUCACAGAGAGAGUGGAACCAGAUGAUAUUCGCUGCUCCAGGAUUGAUCAGUAUGGUCUUGCACUGGCACUGGUGAUGAAGUACACGGUAGAUGAGAUCAAUGCCGAUCCCAGGCUCCUUCCUGGUGUGAAGCUGGGCUUUGAGAACUAUGAUGAUUGUGGACAGUCUGCGAUCAUCAUGAGGCCCACCCUGCGUUUCCUUACCACCGCCACUUCAGAGGAUGUAGAGGUUAUGUGUAACUACACGGAGUACAUGACCCGGGUACAUGCAGUCAUUGGUCCAUAUAGCUCUCAGAUGACUACUGUUAUUGGCAAGCUGCUGAGCUUUUUCUUGAUUCCGCAGGUCAGCUAUAGAGCCACUAGUGAUGAGUUUAGCGACAAACUGACGUACCCUUCAUUCAUGCGAACUGCACCCAGUGACAGCUGGCAGGCAGAAGCCAUGGUGCAGCUGCUGCAGGAGUUUGACUGGAACUGGGUGGCAGUGAUAGGCAGUGAUGAGACCUAUGGCAAACAGGGUCAGCAGCAGGUGUCCCGAAAUGCUGCAGAUGGUGGCAUUUGUGUGGCCUAUGAAGGGCUGAUACCAGUUUACGAUGACCCGGUGCCCAUGAUAAGGGAGAUCCUGGAUCGCAUAGUGGAAGCUAAAGUGGGUGUGGUGGUGGUGUUUGCAUCCUCGUCAGCUACCACCACUUUUUUUAAAGAGGUAAUCAGGAGGAACAUGACAGGAGUCUGGGUUGCCAGCACAGCGUGGGCUGUACACAGCAGCAUCAUCACACUGCCUGGAAUCGAAACUGCAGGCACUGUUCUGGGCUUCACCGACAUGACCCAGCCCGUCAGUCUGCUUACCCCGUACACACAGGAGCUUUUCACCAAGAUAGAAACAGAGAGGCUGCAAAAGCAACCUCCACAACCCAACAUUUCCCCUCUGGAUAAUCCAUGCCCAGGCUGCUGGAAUCUCUCAACGGCUGAUGUGAGCAUAGUGGACACAGAGCUGGUACAGCGCACAGCGUUCAGUGUGUACUCUGCCAUCUACAGUGUAGCCCAGGCCUUACACAACAUGCUCGGCUGCAGUGAUACCAAGUGCUCCCGACACCCCAGGAACACCAAAAUCUAUCCAUGGCAGUUGCUGCCAUGGAUACAAAAUGUUUCUCUGAGCCUAAACGGAUCAAAGAUAACGUUUGAUGAAAAUGGUAAUCCUAACAUAGGCUAUGAUUUGUUGUUCUGGGUUUUUCAGAACAACACUGUAAGUUUUAAAAACGUUGGAACCUACAUGAAGAACAUCACGAUAAAGAAACAGCUUAUAAAAUGGCACACUGUGAAUUCUACGGUCCCUACAUCUAAAUGCUCCUCCGACUGUCUCCCAGGACAAGUGCGCAUAGUUAAAGGAUUUUACUCCUGCUGUUUUGACUGCAGUGACUGCUUAGAGGGAACCUACCAGAACAGGACAGAUGAUAUCCAGUGCACUAAAUGUCCACCACGGCAGUGGUCCACUUUCCGCAGCACUGGCUGUGUCUUCCCUACCUACGAGUACCUUUAUUGGACAUCUUUUGACACAAUAGCCUUGGUGCUUGCUGGGCUCCUCCUUCUGUCCUUCCAGGCAGUGAUGGGAUUCCUGUUGUUUCAAAAUAGAGGGACUCCACUACUCAGAGCUUUAGGAGGCCCUUUGUGUGGUCUGGGCCUGAUGUGUCUAAUGGGAGGUUGUGUCAGUCUGGUCCUGUUCCUGGGCAAGCCAGAUAAUGUCAUCUGUCGUUUUCAACUACCUCUGAAUGUCCUGUUUCCAACUGUGGUUCUGUCCACUAUCCUGGCUAUCUCCAUGCAGAUCGUCUAUGUUAGUGAGUUUCCAGAAAAUGCUCCAGCUAACAUUGCGAACCUGCAAGGACUAGGUAGCUGGACAAUAGUGCUGGCCUGCUGUGGGGUUCAGUCAGGCUUCAUUGGUUGGUUUGUUCGUGAAGGACCCUCACUCAGUCAGUUUGUAGACAAAUUGGAGGUGAAUUUUGUAAAGCGGUUCCUGCCCUGCCCUGUCGAGCCCAUACUGAACUUCAGCCUGAUGCUGGGAUUUAAUGGUUUGCUAGCUCUGGUCUCGUUUAUGUGCACAUUCAUGGCACCAAAGCCAGUCAGGCAGUACAACUUUGCUAGAGAUAUUACCAUUGCUAGCCUUGUCUACUGUGUGAUCUGGGUGAUAUUUAUCCCCAUUUAUGCUGGACUUGAUGAUAAAGAAAAGACUAUAGCUCAAGUCAUAUUCAGCUUGUUUAGUAAUACAGCAUUGACGGUAGCUUAUUAUCUUCCAAAGUGCCAUCUGCUUGUUAAAGAUUCAGACCUCAACAAAGAUGAAUAUUUUCGCUCAAUUCUGGAGGGAACUCCACCGAUACCACCUGAGAACCCUCCAGAAAAUAAGCAGGACAGUAAACAAGAUAAUAAACAGGAGAAUAAGGAGGGGAAUAAGGAUGAGAAUAAGGAUGAGAAUAAAGAGGAAAAUAAGGAGGAAAAUAAGGAGGAGAACAAGUAG